AGAGCGCCGAGAGAUCUGCAAAGGUAUCCGAGAAAGCCGAGCCUUUGAAUGCUUUCGAGUUAAAUCAGCUGAUUAUAUCCUCAGUGGCGUCGGUUUAAUCCGUCUCCGUUUCAUUUGCAUCUUGCGCUGGUGAGCGCGCAUAAAGCGUACGUGAUCGUGAUAAAAGUCAGUGUCAUUAACGUGACGCCGUUAACACGUCCCAGAAGACAUCCGAUAAUAUCUAGUACGUGUCGCAUUUGUCUUAUUAAUGCAACGCGAGUCAACCAUCGCGCACUUAUCAGUCAUGUGUCGGACACAAAAAUCCCGCUCGGGACGUCCCGCAUUUUUUGCACUUACUUAGGAUUCCCUCGACUAGCGCGAACUCAAUCUUACGACCAGUGGCCCCGACAUCGAUCUCUCGGCUCGUUGCUGAUCCCCCGCGCAUCGCCCGCAUUAAUCGCGCGCGUCGUCGGCAUAUAUUACGAGGAAGAAAUUUGCACACUCGUGUAGUUUCCCUUUUGUAGACAAACGUCGUUCGUUGCUCAAGAUAGUCAGUUACGAAAGCGCUAUAUUUGCGUACGCAUUUGCGGCGUUAACUUAUACAGACGAGCACGGAAUAAUAAUAUAUAUAUAAAAUUAAUAUCAAAUUCUUUAAACCGCGGAUUGAGAAGAAAUAUAUUAGUAAUUAAAGAAGAAACAACAAGUUGGAACAAGUGGAUCGAAGGAGCAAUAGGUUCGCCUUCGUAACCUCGUUCGGCAAACUGCCUAUUUUCUGCUUUUCGCGCACACAGAUUGAUUUUGGUUUCUCUCUUUUUUAACCUUUGAAACCAUUCAAUUUUAAAGCUUGCCUUAAAAAUCAAUCCAUUUUCUUCGAGUAGCUGUAGAACUCAAUAUUGGUAAGAGGUAAACUAAGGUACCUUAUCACGUAACACUCGUUAUGUUCCCAUUUGAGCACAACCCGACACUGUAAGUAUUUUUACAUGUCAUGGGAAUACGGUCAUUAACUUUUAUAGCACCAUAAUAUGUGUCAUAAGAAUUAUAGUCCAAGUAAAAUGCAACAAGGAAAAAAAGAUACAAUAACGGAAAGACAGCGUUUUGCUAGUACUGCAUCACGUGUUAAGACAAUGGCGAAUAAAAACAAUGUCGAGCUCGCGCUUCAAUCGACAGAAUCGUCAAGAGUUCCACGUAACGAUUCUGCUAAAAGUAUCGUAAGCGCCGAAAACAGAAGGCCAAAAUGCAACGCUCAACAUGUAUUUAUCUUUGCGAUGGACGCGAUUAACCAUGCACUGAUCAUUGCAGUAACGGUAUACCUUGUAUAUUACUCGGCGAAGGAACAUUAUGUAACAAAUAUACACGUAAUCCUCUGCACUUUCGGGUACGUUCUGCUGAUGUCGGAGGCCAUUGUUGUCUUGACGGGUGAUAAUUUUCUGACUAAUUCUCUCUCGCGUCGCGCCAACAAACAUCUCCAUUGGAUUCUGCAAGCCAUUGGACUGAUUUUCAAUUUGGUUGGCGUAGGCCUGAUGUACAACGCCAAAACAGCACACUUCCUUUCGAUCCAUGGUAUCACGGGCUUCACCUCGCUGGUAAUCGUGUGCACGGUAACGAUCUUUGGAUAUCCGGUGUGGAUCGCGUGGAAACUACGUAAGUUCGUGCGGCCAGUGGUUAUCAAGUUCCUUCACAAUUUUCUGGGCACUGCUGGCUUUGUCAUUGGUAUGGUAUCGCAGUGUUACGGUUACAAAAAGAAAUGGAUAUACCAGACAACGGGACAGGAGUACGCCAACGAUGUACUACUUAUUCUUACGGCGUUGAUCACGAUACUAUCUCUGAGAGGCGCACUCGUUUCUCUCAUCAGGCAAGCUGUCGGUUCUCUAAGAUUACUUUGUCCUUCUGUCUCGUAGAAAAAUGUUGGUGCCAAAUCCAUUGUUUAAGAAAAUAAUAAUUGCCAAUCUUGUUUUAUUUAUUUUUUUUUUACGGUUGGAAUGAUGUAAAUGUAAAAAAAAAUGUAAAUUUAUUGUAAAUAUAAUAAUAAUAAUAAAUAUAAUGUAAAUA